CCCACCCCCUUUCUAACACGCCCCGUCCAGACCCCACGGCGCUCACUGCCCCGGCAUCAUGUCCCGCUCGGAGGAGGUAAACCGGCUCACGGAGAACGUCUAUAGGGCGAUUCUGGACCAAUUCAACCCCAGUCUAAGGAAUUUUGUUACUAUGGGAAAGAACUAUCAGAAAGCACUCUCAGGAGUUACAGUGGCCGCCAAGGGUUAUUUUGAUGCCUUAGUGAAACUCGGCGAGUUGGCCAGCGACAGCCAAGGAUCCAAGGAGUUAGGUGACACGUUGUUCCAAAUGGCUGAGGUUCACCGUCAGAUCCAAGUGCAGCUGGAAGAAACGCUGAAGCUUUUCCACUCGGAGCUGUUAUCCCAGCUAGAACACAAACUGGAACUGGAUAUCAAGUAUCUGAUGGCUACCCUGAAGAAAUACCAAGGCGAGCACCGUGCCAAAGCAGAGUCAAUUGAAAAGUGUCAGACGGAGCUGAAAAAACUGCGCAAGAAGUGCCAGAAUAGCAAAAACCCACAGAAAUAUGGGGAUCGCGAGGUGCAGUAUGUAGAGAUCAUGAGCACCAAACAGAGCGAACUGGAUCGAUUCGUGGCUGAAGGCUACAAGGCAGCCCUGACGGAGGAGAGGCGCCGGUACUCUUUUCUGGUGGACCGCCAGUGUGCAGUCUCCAAACACUUCAGCAACUAUCACACUAAGGUACGGGAGCUGCUGGCAGCCAAGUUGCCCAUCUGGCACACAUCGUGCACUCAACCCACCCGCUUGCCAGAGCGGGCCCUGGCCCUGGUCAAGCUCACGGCCAAUAACCUCUCUGGUGGGACUCCCAUACCAGCCACUGAUGCCCUCCCUGUCUCCAAGGUCCUGGAAGAGCUCUCGGAGCUGGGGCCAAACCACCGUGCCUCAGUCCAGGAGGUGAUGCCGUUACCAAAUGGUGACUCACAUCGUGGGCGGGGAUCACGGGACUUGGGGCACCCGCCAGUCACCGAACCCCUCACCAUCACAUCAGGUCUGCCACCCACACAAACCACUCAGGCCCCUCCACAAACCAAGACCACCGACAGCUAUUCCUGCACCCUGCCAAUGCCACGCAAAAUGUCAAUGGAGACCCGCCUGGCAACGCUGGUGGAGAACAAAACCCUGCCCCGCAUCAAUCCUCUGUCGGUCCUGCCUCCACGUUCUGAACGGCGGAGGGUCCAGGCGAUAUUCUCACACGCGGCAGGAGAGAACAGCACCUUGCUCAACUUCCAAGAGGGAGACAUCAUUCUCUUAUUAGUGACCGAGGCACGGGACGGCUGGCAUUAUGGGGAAAACGAGGCAACCAAAAUGAAAGGCUGGUUUCCUUUCUCCUACACCCGGCCCUUCCCCCUAGCCGAAGGGUCUGACAAACCGUUCAGCAGCUUCCCACUUAGCAAGAUGAACAGUAGCAGCACAGGAAAUUUGGACCGAGCCGGGUCUCCACCCAUUGGCUCCGACGGUGGCGACGGCCCACGCUUCGGGCCUUCACCGCGUGCCACUGCAUCCCGCCAGCGCCCUUACAGCAUGCUGAACCCAGACCUGUCGCAGCUAGCAAAUGAAUUUGGCAGUCCAAGUGGCUCCCCAUCAAGGACCAACCCAUUUGCUCACAUCAAGCUGAAGCGUACGGUGACCAACGACCGCUCAGCUCCGCUCAUCCAGUGAGAGGUGUGGUGAUUGGUGGACCCAGAUUGCUGCACCCACUUCCUCUUUUGACCCCACCGUGUGGCCUUUCCUACCUAACAAAGCAUUCCUGGCUUGGAGUCGGCGCCACAGGCCAGGCCAGGCCUGCCUCCUCAUCACCCCCUCUAGUUGCCAUUGAGAGUAUUGGGCACGGACUGUUGCAUGUUGCGCUCGAUGGCAGCGAUUUCCUGCAGGGGACACAAGCCAACAGCAGAAGGACAGAGAACAGGACAGAAGAAGGCACUAGUUUGCAAGCACAGGUGUAAUAGCUGGAGGAACAGAGGCAGAAGAAAGAUUGAGGAUGUGGGACUGGAGGUCAGAUGGAAGGAGAAGAAGACUAGGGUGGAUAGAGGGGGACUCGGAGCCACUUCUCACAUUGCAAAAUUUAUUUAAGGAAGGCACAUCACUAGAUCUGGGCAUGUGGAUGCAAUUAAUGUUCCUUGGAACUCAGUGGCAAAGUUUCCCCUUUUUAAAAAAUUGUAUCCAAGUUGCACCCCCAUGCUUUGAAGUAAGGCCCCAUCAUUUCAGUGGCAUGUAUUCCUAAGUAAGGUGUUUGAGACCAGAUUGAAAGUGAGGCAUGGUUAAAUCUCAUUAGAAGCAGUGGGAUUUAAGAAUUCCUGACUUCCUUGAGCCUUAAAUUUGCCUCACUUUCUCUGGAAUUCGUGUGUACAGAGCAUGGGUUCAACUGUCCAGGUGGCACCCUUGAUGGCUGCAGUUGUGAUAGCCUGGUCCUUCGAAAUGUUAGCCCCUUAAUGGCAAUAAACAUCAUGUAAGGGAUAUACCGGUAUCCCUUGUGGUUAAAAAGGCUGCCUAUGGUGAGAUCAUCCCACAGAGGGACCACUAACAGGAAGUCUCCCGGGUCUACCCCUGCAGUAUAGAAUUCAGAGAUUUCAGGACUGAGAAGGGGAGAAUAGUUUGGGAGAGAGAAGAAAUGGGUAUCGUUGCAAACGGAAUUUGGGAAAGGCUGAAUUCAAGGCUGAUUCUCACUUUCAACAUACAACGUACACCAGUCAGUUACGCAACAUGUGGUUAUACAUCACUUGGCAGCUGAAUGUGUGAACUGACUCCAUUGAAAAGCAUUGAAUUGGAAGAGAUAUGGAAGUUGUUUCUGCAAUAUAUUAAGUGUGUGUUGGCCUACUAAUACAUAUGAAUUCCUCACUUCGUAAUUGCCUUCAUCAAGCGGUAAACGUACCCACUUUUGGCAGCCCUUGGCUACUUGAGGGUGAAUAUAUGAGCAGUCUCCACUGACAAGUCAAUAACUGCAGGGCAUAUGAAAACUGUUGGCAUUUGAUCUACAGUGGCUGCUUGAGACUUGCCAUUACGGAGUGAUUGUAUGCAUGUGACAACUAGUCCAUCAUUAUAAUUUGUGCAGGGCAACAAGGUGUGUUAAAGAGAAACUGGGAUUUAGGUUUCCUGGGUUUUCUGGAAGUGCAGUGGUUGCUGAGCUAUUCUCCGUGGGCGGCUGGGUAGUCCACAGACCUCAACGAAGUGGUUCACGCGGCUAGCGAGCUUUGACUGCUCUUCAACCAGAAGUUGCAACACUUUCACAGAAAAACAACGCCGGCCAUCUCCCCAAUACCCCUUUCAUGAAACAUGGGCUACCAAUUUUCCUCACGUGUUCACUGUGUAAUUUAUAUUGAUUUGUGUAGCAGAUUUAACCAUAACUUCACCAUGCUAGGAUAUAUGGCCAUCUGCGAGAAUAGAUUUUGUCGUUGUCCCAACAUUUUGGGGGAACCAGUAAUGUAAUGAGACGUAGAUAGAAAACUCAGGAGUCAGGACUCCUUACUUUUUUUGGGAGAGGUAGCCAAUUAGAGAAAGGCAGCUGGGAAAUGUUAAAAUAAUUGAGGAUGUUUCUUAACUUCAGUUGCUGGGAGAAGAAAACAAUCUGCAGCAUUAUACAUGUCUUGGGGAACCAAAAUGCAGGCAUAUUGGUCAAAGCCCAAGCUGACUAAUUCAGCUGCAAACAUUUUGUCGCAGCAGUUAUUUCUCUUUUGAGAAAAGGGCAUGUUGUCCCAUUUCCUGUGCGGUGCCCCCCACACUAGCAAGGCACUCGUUUUAAGGACUGGCAUGCUGCCCCCUGUGGGGAAAGAUGUGCCAUUGCAGACUCCUUGUCCUGGUUACUUUGUCCUAGUCCUUGACCUUGCCUCCAUCUUCCUCCGUUUCUGGAAAUGUCCAUGGUCCAUCCCUCUUUCAGACCCGGGAUGAGCAAUCACGAAAGCAAUACGCAGGGUAGCUACCUCUGUCGAUGUUCACAGCUCCGUAGCAAAACAAUGGCCUUUGCCACAGGGGCCAGGAAGGGUUGAAAGAACCACGGGCCUUUGGACAUGUGGUCAGAGCUUGUCAACGCAGGAGAUAAAAUGUUUCAGCUGUGUAAAUGGGUUCCGUGUGGGGUGGCAAGGACUCCUCCUCAGCCAUUCUGUCGCAUCCCCUUGUUUUCUUUACUUUGCAAUAUUGGUUGUCCUCGGGUGUUGAUUUACAUUCAGGGUGGGUGCAAUUGGCAGCAUUAAAACUUACAGUGGGUGGUUAAAAUGGCAAGGUCAGCAAAAUGAGCUACAGAGAAGUAGCUACCCGUCUGUGUGAUACAUUUUCAAAAGUUGGCAUAUAAGACCAGUGCUUGGCUUGGAUAGGGUUAGGGAAAUUGCAUAUGCAUUGGAUAAGGCCAAAUUGUAUCCACGAGAACGUGGCUUCAGGUGCUGAACAGAAGGGUGUGAAGAAGGCUAACUGGUUUUGUGCCCUCUUUUUAUGUUUCUGGUGUAUCAUCCAAAGCUGAAACUUGCUCAUCUCCUCUGCUAUGAGAUGAGAUGUGUGUGUGCCAGAUGCUGGGGAAGUCCACAUGUGCAAGGCAAGCGGGGGUGCUGCAGUUCCUCCUUGGGACAUGGCACCAGAAGUGUGAAAAGUGAAUGUGUGUCCCCUCUGCCCUCAAUUUCCAUGUAAUGUCUGAAGCUGCUCUCCUUCACAGAGAUUCCCAGUAGGAUAGCUGUCACCAGUUUGCCAGGACAACUACUUCUUGUACUAUGGACAACCAAAUAUAGAAUGCUUUUUUGGGGUGUGGGGGGAAGAGGAAUCAAAUGUGACAUUUUGGUGUGGCUAUGUGAUUGCAAAUGUCCUUUAUGAAAUAACCAGCUGCAGAAUUUUCUGUAGCAGAUUGUUGAUCGCAGAAUGUGAUAUAUUAUCUAAAACCUAUGCAGCUGGGAAGUGUGCCUUAUUAACAGCAAAUGCCUAAUUUCACCAUACUCACAGCCAUGGGCUUAGCCAGGAUUUAUGUUAGGGGUGGCAGGCUUCAUGUUGGGGGGCAGAACCCCCUCCACUAGAGAGAAAUGACCCCAAUCCCCACGUUGGUUUUAUGUAUGCGUGCUUCUUAUUUUGCAUGUUUCUGUAGAGUCAGUUCUAGGGGGAUUUUGCAUUCUGGAUAUUUCUACUUGGAAAGCCUGUAGUGUGAAUUCAAAUUGCAGGAUUUCAUACCUGAGAUCAAAGUUUUCAAAUUCUGAGCAUGGAAAUGAUGUGACAGUUUUUAUUUGGGGACAUUCUGCUUUGAUGGAAUGGCAGAGAUGGCAGCGUUUGAUUUGCAGGAACACUCAUUGUAACACACUCAAACAAAAUCAGAGUUCUGGUGUUUGCUUUUAGAGGGGAAAGCAAAUUGAAUUCCAUUCCAGCUUGUGUGCUCUGUGGCCCCCAAGUGGAAAGAAUCCAUCCUGUCCCACUGCUUUGUUCGGUUGACAUAUUUCCAAGGGCAAAAAUGGGUCAGUGCUGAUGACUAGUUACAAGGUGGUGACUUACCUUGAUGUGCGUGUAACAGCUGAGUAAACUGGAUUAUUAUUUUUUUUUGUCCUUCUGAGUGGUGGGAAAAGAGGGAGUCUUAUUGCUGCAUCUGCAUCAGAUCAGAAAUCUAGGGAAGCAUUGGGUAGUAAAAUUCUCCUCCCUUCUCGGUAGGAAAAUACAAGGCCAUUAGUUCAGCAAGUGCACCUCACAGCAAGUUACCCAUCAAUAAAUAGCUUUCUCUUUUUAUUUAAUGAGUAUGUUUGUGUGCGCACACAUGCACUCUAAAUAUGUACAUGUGUACAUAGCUGGGUGCUUGAUGUGGCUCUGAACAAAGUGUGGAAAGGAUAUGAUGUGUUUCAUUUGAGGGUAUUUGGCUUGUAUGUGUGUGUGUGUAAGAAGCAUCAUUGCAUAGGGACACAUGAGGUGUGCAGCUAUUCGUGGCCGUGUGGGGGAGUCUCUCACUAGCUAUGUAUAUAUCUCCAUGUCGAUACUUCCUAAUUCUAAUAUUAAUAAAGUUUAAUAUAAACCUA